AUGCACUUUCAAGCUCUCCCCGUUCUCGCCGCUGUGCUUGCACUGCCUAACCCUGUCUUUGGCAAGGUUUCGUGCUAUACUAGCGGUUCCGCUGUGUGGAGUAGCGCUUCAGGAGACGACUAUAACAGAAGUGAAGCUGCUCACGCAAUCGAUAUCUGGUGUAAUGAUAUUGCCCCUUCCACGUUUAAAGGUGGACAACAGGUCAAACAGUGUCUUGAGGUCGAUAUUGGGUACGCACCGAAUGUCAUGUUACGGAUGAAAAAUGGAAAGUCUGGGGAUGCGGUCCUUGAGAUAGACACGUGUAAGAAGUUGCUCAAGGAUAUCGUUGACAGCUGUGAGAGGGGUGGUCAAGAUGAUGAUUCAGAUGGCUGGCGUCCAAGAGCGGACCCCGGUAAUGGCUGUGACUAG